CCGGCAGGAUGGGCAAGUGUCCUGGACUUCGUACUGCUAAGAAGCUCCCUAGCCACCAAGGACACCAGAAGUGGCAUGAUAAACAGUACAAGAAAGCCCAUUUGGGCACAGCCCUGAAGGCCGACCCUUUUGGAGGUGCUUCUCAUGCAAAGGGAAUCCUGCCGGAAAAACUAGGAGUUGAAGCUAAGCAGCCAAAUUCUACUAAGUGCGUCAGGGUCCAGCCCAUCAAGAAUGGCAAGAAAAUCACAGCCUUUAUACCCAGUGAUGGUUGCUUGAACUUUAUGGAGGAAAACGAGGCAGUUCUGGUUGCUGGAUUUGGUCGCAAAGGUCAUACUGUUGGUGAUAUUCCUGGAGUCCGCUUUAAGUUUGUCAAAGUAGCCAGUGUCUCUCUUUCGGCCCUAUACAAAGGCAAGAAGGAAAGACCAAGAUCAUAAGUUUAAUGAUGAAAACACUGUAGUAAUCAAUUUUCAUGUGCCAAAAAACCAAUAAUCAGCAUGUCAAUGGCACUUUUAGUUAUUUUCUAAUUUAAAUAUAUAACAUUUUGCAGAUGGACUUUCACUGAAAUAAGCCUUUCAGAAAGAGAAAAACUUUUUUUUAACCAAGAUUGGAAAGUAUCAAGAAAUAGGAAGUAAAGCCAUGCUGUCCACCCAGCUAAAAACUUUUAAAACUUUGCGUUUUAACUAAUGCAAAUGUUUGCAUAACUUUAAGUUAUGAACAAUUGUAUGCCAAAUUGGAUAACCUAGAUAAAAUGGAUAGAUUUCUAGAAACAAAUCUAAACCUAUAAUUACUAUGAAAAUAGCAUGCUGGUUUCUCAAAAAGUUAACAGAAUUAACAUACGAUCCAGCAGUUCCACUUCUGGGUAUAUACAAUGCAAAGGACUGAAAGUAGAGUCUUGCCAGGGGACAUGCACACCCAUGUUCACAGUAUUAUUAUUCACAAGCUGAAAAGUGGAAGCAAUCCAAGAGUCCGCUGCUCAAUGAUUAUAGAAAGGAAAGGAGGCACAUACACACAGUGAAAUAUUAAAUGGGCUUAAAAAGGGAAGAAAUUUAUAUACAUCCUGCAAUAUGAAUGAAUCCUAAAGAUAUGCUAAAUUAAAUAAGCUGGUCACAAAAAGGCAAACACCGUAUGAUUCCACUUAUAUGAGACACAAGGAGUACUCCGUUUCAUAGAAACAAAGUAAAAUGGCGGUCCCCAGGGGCUAGGCAGAGGGAGUAAGGGAGAACUUUUGUUUAACGGGUGUAGAGUUUCAGUGUUGCAAGAAGACAGAAAUUCUAGACAUUGGUUACACAAUGAUGUGAUUUUAUUUAAUAUUACUGAACUGUACACUAAAAAAUGACUAAGGCAGUACAUUUUGGGUUAUAUUUUUACCACAUUUUUUUCAAGUGUUCACUGACUGCAAGAAUUUUGGAGUGCUCAGCGCAGCUGCAGUAAAGGAUAUCAAUAUAUUAAAAAUUAUGACAAUAAUAGCAAUAAAAAUACUUUUAAAGAUGCUAGUUAAAUGGAAUAGAAUAUUCCUGUAGACUUUAAUAGUAUUUUUCGUCACUGUAAUUGUGGAAAGGUUUUGUAGAUAUGGAAAGAACAAAACAAAGAUUACUAACAACGUGUUACUGGAUAUAGAACACACAGAAAAAUUAUUCCAUUUGAAGUAUAUCUGGUUAGAUCUCAGCAGUAUUAACUCACAUCCCAUAAGACGGUGACAUUUUCACUACAUAAAAGAUAAAAUCUUUGACAAAUAGGACAUUUCAGAAAGUCGACGCUUUGCUGGACAAGAUAUCUUAUUGACUUAUUAGCUAAGUUAUGAUAUCUCACGGCUGUCAGGAGGCAGGUCCUCUCAUGCACAGGCCCUGUCUCACAGCCGAGGCAGGGCCCAGGCCAAGAUAAAAGGACUCAGGACCAGAGCACCCCAUCUGCUCGCCUCCUGAGGUGCUGAAGAACCCUGUGCUGUGUGCGACUCUGCUCCUGAACACCCACCGUGAAGAUGUCCUGCCAGCAGAGCCAACAGCAGUGCCAGCCCCCUCCCAAGUGCAUCCCCAAGUGCCCUGUCCCUAAAUGCCCCCCCAAGUGCCCUCCAGUGUCUUCCUGCU